CAUCUUUGCUUUUGGGAGCGUUGGCUUUUUCGGUUGGCUUGGCAACGGAGCGCGUCGAGUGAGCCAUGAGCAAGUCCGUGGUGGUGCCGGGGCUGGAUGUCUUCCAGAACCUGUCGGCAGAGGAGUUGGUCGAGAAGCGGCGCGAGAAGCUGCAACAUCUAGUCCUCUGGCGGAAGCUGAACGAUGGCCAGCUGUACCAGGUCACCGUGAAGGACGUGGAGGAGCUCUUUGCGAUCUUCGACGUGGAAGGCUUCGGAGAGAUCUCCCUGGAGGAGCUGAUGGAGAUCAAGAAGGCGGUCAAAGGCUUGGUCCUGUCGGCGGAAGAUGUUCAAGCCCUAGGGCGCGAUGCGGACAAGGACGGGUCUGGGCUGGUGAGCGUGAACGAGCUCUACAAAGCGCUGACGCAGGGAGAGGUGGCCUACAACCUUAUCAAGAAGUCCAUCAAUGAAGAGAGCUUCAUCUCUCAGAUGGGAGACGGAGAGUGCCUCAUCGACGACCUCAUCGAGUUUAUGAGGCACGAGUAUGAGACCAACUCGGACCUUUGGUCGCUACCGCAGACACUGCUGCUCUUCGCUGUCUUCCAGUAUUGCUCGGCCUCGCACGUGCCCAUGCGCUUUGGAUGGGAGACCGCCCGGAACUACGCCGCCCGUGGCACGGCAGGUUUCUAUCGCCUCGAGUGGAUCUUUGACAACAUGUCCUUGUUUGAUUAUCUCAAGACCUCUUUCUUGGAUCAGCACGUCGAGCAGGAUUUGGAUCUCUACACUCCCGGCCGCUACUUUGGCCGAAGCCAGAUCGUCGGGGGCAUGCGCUUUAGGCGCUCUUACACCGAGCCCCAGAACUGCAGUGUCUCCCAGGCAAUGCAGAGGGUCUACUACCCGUUCCCGCUCCGCGGGUUGAAAUGCUACAAGCUCGGCGCGGAGCAGUUCGAGGACAGGUAUCUACUGUACCACGAAAGAAGGUCAUGGCUCACAGUUCAGUUGGAUGAGAUGAGCAGAGAGUAUUGGCUGGAUGACAACACCACGGAGCUCUCCAUUGACUCGGUGCUCAUGAACCCCAACACGGGCACGUACACCUUUGAGCAACUCGAGGUGCGAUUUGAGACGAACGGUUUCCUGCGUCACAUCCAGUACGCAGAAACAUUCCUCGUAGAGCCCUACAAGGAGUGGACUGAUGGGAUUGGCGAUGUGAUUUUCAUCGUCGUCCUCAUGCGGAUUAUGUACGGUGAGCUUAAGGAGUUGCUACCGGCUCUCUCGACGGGCCUGGACGGCAUCGCCAACUAUUUGGCCUUCUGGAACAUGGUGGACUGGCUGGUGAUUAUUUGGGGCUUGCUUUGCGCAGGUCUCUGGCUUAUCACCUGCAUGCAGAUCGGGUCCUUGAUCCCUGUUUUGGCCGAGUUGCCGCUGCAGAGCCUAGACGACGCCGUCUACGCCAACCGUAGCUACCUGCACCCCUGGGAGGUGGAGGCCGUACUGUCGCGAAACGAGCUGACCGAGCAGCUCGGCUCCAUGUUCAAUGCCGUCGAGGCUGCGGCCAUUUGGCACCAAUCCGUGCGAGUAGUCUGUGUGACGUACCUCUUCGUUUUGAUGAUGAAGUUCUUCAAGUCCUUCAAGGCGAACGCGCUCUUGAACGUGGUCAUUAGCACGCUGGCGGGGUCAGUCAAAGACGUGUCCCACUUCGCCAUUGUGUUCCUGACCAUCUUCCUUUGCUACGCCUGGGGAGCGCACGUCUUCUUCGGGUGGAGCAUCGAGGGUGCGAGCUCGGUGCUGGGUUCAGUCUUCUGGCGCUGGUCCAGCGGCGUGGGCAUGGGGGACAUGGAGGACCUGAGCACCACCGGCCGAGCGAUAGGCUACAUCUACACGUUGUCCUACGAGUUUUUGGUGCUGAACCUUCUGCUGGGCAUCCUCUUUGGGCUGAUCUUCGAGGCCUACGGCCGUACCAAGCAGAAGGCCGGGAAUGCGGAGUCCUUGAUCAUGCAGGUCCGGAAGUCGGUGGCCGAAACGCGCAAGAAGAAAGAUUUCCUGGAUGAGUACUACAUGAUCUGCGAGUUGGAAGAUGAUCAGCCGGCCCACCCCGGGGAGAUCGUGACGGUGAGGACCUUGUGCGAGGCCUUUCGCAAAGACGGCUUCACCAAGGAGUACAUCAUCACCCAAGUGCGCGCCCGGGAGUUUUCCAAAGUCUCGGAGGUGGAGGUGCGCCUGGUGGACGCGCUGAAGCUGGUGGCGCUGAUGCGCACCGCUUCCCUGCGGGCCAUCCUGCGCACGGAGGCCAUCUUGAACCAGCUGAAGGCAGAGAGCCAGAGGCCCCAGGAGCUGCGCUUCCGCUGCAUCAUGGCGGGCUACGACCCCGACGAGCCCGAGGAGAUGAAGGAGUUCAUCCACGCAUCCCAAAUGGAAGAACUCGACGACGACCAGCCGAUGCUGCCGAAUGUGCCCGUGCCCGCACAGGUGCAUGCGCCGCAGGAGAGCAAGGUGUCGGUGAACAGCCGGACAUUCAGCGCGGAUGUCCCCGCCAGCAAGGAGGUGAACGAGCAGGAACGUGCGGCGCAAGAGGAGGCGACUCUGAAGGUGCAGCAGCUCCUGCUGAAGGCGGCCACGCUGUCGAACACGGCGCGGAGCCUGCAGAGCCAGCAGGACAAGUCCGUCCUGGCGGUCCAGAAAGAGCUUGAGGCGCACACCGUGCAGAGUGUGGAGCUGACCGAGGAUGUCUCGAAGUUGGACCGCGAGAUGCGGGGUCUCUGCGCCAAGGCCCAAGAAGGCUCCUUCCAUUUGGAGGAGCGCUUCCGGAGUACGGACCUCAAGUCUCUGCAGGAGCUGCCUGACCGCGUGGCGAGGCUCGCGGAUCUGGCCAAGGCAUCGCGGAGGUCCGUGGAGCAUGGGAAGCCGGGCUUUGGCUCGGACCCGCUGAAGCGCUUGGAGGGCCGCCUGGGGGUGCUGUCCCAGCACUGCCGGACCUUCCAAAGCCAGGCAGAGGCUCAGCAGGAUUUGACGGCCCUCUUGCGCCGUUUGGUCACUGAGCUCAACAAAGUGAGCCCGCGGGGGAUCGGCUUUGAUGAAGGCAUUUGUGGGCAGUCAGUGAGGAAGUGAGUUCUAGCUCAAUGCUGAAUUUGCAAUAGUGGAUGUCUCACUGCGGAUGCUGAAACGCGUCGAGAG